AUGGCCUCCGAUCGCCGUCUAUUGCCCGCGCAACCACCACCAUUGGACCCCCGCGCGGAUCCAUCACGAGAACCGCCCCCUCCUCGCAGGAAUCUGCCCCAACGGAACGCGCGCCGCUCGCUGAUAUUGGCCGCCUGUGCCGCUUGUCGGAAGCGCAAACAAAGAUGCGAUGGCACUCGUCCGACGUGCAGCGUCUGCAAGGCCACCGGCAAAGAAUGCGUCUACGACACGCAGCAGGGCGAGACCAGAACCGCCGCCCUGAAAAACCGCAAUGCCGCUCUUGAGCGCGAUCUCAACUCGGCCAUGCAGGCCCUCCGCAUGCUCCAGGCCGGCUCCGAUAGCGACGCCGCACAUCUCCUCCAACGUCUGCGUUUUGCUGUUGAUCUGCCUGCUUUUCUGUCCGACUUGCAACCCUCCCAGCCUUCAACCCCAUCACGCCCCCAGCAAAACUACGCCUGGAUUGAUGUCCCUGCCGUGCUGCGCUACAUCCGCGAUCAUCUCGCUGAUAUCCAGCAUGCAUUCUCCAUCUAUACACAGCGCACUACCAUGCUGUUCCACAUUUACACCGAUGUCGAAGUCUUCCAGAUCCUGGCUCUCGUUAACCAACCCUCCCUCCUCGACGUUCCCAGCCCCGUUCUUUGCGAGAUGUGCAGCAUCGUCGCCAUUGCCUCGCAUUUUGACCGCAAACGCAUCCCGCCCGAUGUCAGCGACCUUAUGUACAGCGUUGCGAAGCACUUCCUUGACGACCUGGUUUUGCAAAAUCCUCUCAGGGCAAUCAAAGUUUGCGCCCUCUUGGUGCUGUGUAACAUAGUCGUCAAAGCCACCGUAGCUCUAACCUAUAUCGAUAUGGGGCUUGGAAUAGCUCGCAACCUGGGCUUGUAUGGCCAGCAACGCCCUCCCACCAUCGACCAAGAUAGCUGGGAUGAUGCAAAGAAAGUUUGGCGUUCUUUGGUCCUUUGCAAAGGCUGGCUGCAGGCCACUCUUGGUUAUCUCCCCGACGAUGUUACUACCGUGGACCCCGUCCUGUAUAUCGGAACAUCCGACGCUCAGGACACCACCGAAUUCUUCCGCACAGAGUUCACCAAGAUUUCGAUACUAAAGGCAAAAAUUCUUGCCACUGCAGAACAACCUUAUUUACAUCGCAAAACCAUCGAUCGCCUAAGGGCAGACCUCCAAUCCUGGUACCGUACUCUUCCGCCCGAAUGGAAUCUGUCACAAAACCUUACCAAUAUCAACGACCCGUACCUACGCAUGACUACCUCUUUCCUGCAUCUCCUCCAUCUUGGGGCUAUCAUGCUUUUACACCGACGCGUCAUAUCCUGCUACCUCGAAUUGCGCAAGGAGGAUCCACAUCGUGCUUUGGAAAUGAUCGGAGAAGCAACCGAAGCUGUGAAUGAAGGAAUCACUGCUGCAAGGCUUUCCGCUCGGCUUCUGGCUCUAAUCAUGGAGGAGGGAGGUGUCACCCGGCAUUGCUGGCUUUGCAUUUUCCAGUCGUACAUGGCUUGCUGCACCCUGCUGUACACCAGCUUCCACAAGCGCCUACACGAAGUCCCGACGCAAGAACCGGACGAUGACUUUGAACUCUCCGGGAAAGCCUUAGCCACUUUGAGCUUCUGUGCCAAACUCGAUCCGGGCGCUGGAAAUCUCAUGAAGACACUGCUACCUUACUCGUCGAUGCUUGACGGUACGAAGCAGCUUGAGAUUAAGAUUUCAGAGGAUGUGGCAGUAGACAACUCUGCUGUCCUUCAGCCCAUGCCACCCGCUCCAAUGUCAGCCGAAUAUCUUUUUCCGCCCGAAGGCACGAGCAAACAGCACCAAGCAUGCAAUGAGCUUUUCGAAACACUCAGUAGGCCCUUUGGCACUUUUUCACUGGUUCUCGACGAGGAGAAGCAACCACCGCUGCUUCGCCAGACCAUGACCAACGUCGACGAGCUCGGUCUCGGGAUCCACUUGGACUGGACCGGGGCGAACCGGGCCUCUUUUGACAGCGGACGAGCGGGGGGUCGGUUCGCCGAGGGGGUUCAAGGACAGCCCUUUGGCUGGACCAGGUCGCGGAGUAGCACCGAACAUUUGAAAGAAGCGGAGACGCUGGAAAUUAGCUGA